UUGAUCAUCACAGGCUAUAUGUCCCUAUCUGUGGGUGUCUGAGUCCGGCCGCCCGGAGCGGCUAAACGCGCAUGCUUAGUACUGUGACGCCGUGUCUCCAUGUGUAAACGGCUCAUCAUUAUUUGGCAACCAGAGAAGCAACGGGCAGGGCUGAAAGGGGAUCCCCGGGAUUUUUUACACCGAACUAAGGGGUAAAUAGUUACUCGGAACGCGUGGGAAAGUCUCGAGGGAAGCUACUGCAUCAUCACUCCUUCUCCGUAAGUUCAGCUAUAUGUAAUGCUGGAGUGAAAACAAGUGAGGAAGAUGUCGGAGGAGGCAGUGCGUCGGACACGUAGUCAAAAGAGGGCGCUUGAGAAAGACGCCCUGCCCUCGGAGGCCGAGCUGAAGCGGCUCAAGCUGGAGCACUCCGAGUUGCCAGCUGACGGCGACGGUGACGGUGACGGGCUCCGGCUCGGGGACAACACCACAGUGGCCAACGCGGCCAAGGUCAGCAGCAUGCUGAAGGCCGGUGAGGUCAAAGCCACCAUCAAGGUGGAGCUGCAGACUGGAGACGAGCCAGUGGACAUGAGCACGGCCAAGAGUGAGAUUAAGAAAGAGAGGCCGCCAACGCCAGAUGAUGUCAUUGUGCUGUCGGACAACGAGCCCUCCAGUCCAGUCAUGAAUGGUCUUAGCCCCAGUGUGAAGAAGGCUGACACAGAGAUGCUCAUGAAGAGCAGUCCAGAGGAGCGUGAGCGUAUCAUAAAGCAGCUGAAGGAGGAGCUGCGUCUGCAGGAGGCCAAACUGGUGCUGCUCAAGAAACUCCGGCAGAGCCAGAUCCAGAAAGAUAGCACCAUGCAGAAGCCCAUAAAUUCAGUGGCCACUCCACCUCCACUGGUCAGAGGCAGUGUCCCCUCCAGUAAAGGGCAGCUCCAAGCAAGCUCAGGCCGCAGCUCAGGCACUGUCAUUCCACCCCCUCUGGUGCGCGGAGGUCAGCAUAUCAACUCCAAGAUGGGCUCCCAGAACGCUCAGAUAGUCAUGCCACCCCUUGUCAGGGGAGCUCAGCCCAUCUCGGUGACUCCCCAGCAGAUCCAGAGCCUGAGGCAGCAGCACCAGGCUCACUCGGGCUCCGGCCCCCCUCCCCUGCUGCUGGCCCCACGGGCCUCCAUGCCCAACCUGCAGGGCCAGAGGAUCAUCCAGCAGGGCCUGAUCCGUGUGGCAAACGUCCCCAACACCAACGUGCUGGUCAACAUCUCACAGGCUUCUCCAACCCACCUGAAGGGCUCCACAGUGACCUCACAGGGGAACUCCUCAGUCAAUGUGAACGACUCUCCGGCCAGCCGGCAGGCCGCGGCCAAGCUGGCCCUCCGCAAGCAGCUGGAGAAGACCCUCCUGGAGAUCCCCCCGCCCAAGCCACCCGCACCACAGCUCAACUUCCUGCCCUCCGCCGCCAACAACGAGUUCAUCUACCUGGUGGGGCUGGAGGAGGUGGUGCAGAACCUGCUUGACUCGCUGGGCAGAGGGAAGGCCUCAGGAUCAGGCCCUCUGGGCUCCAAGGAGCCGUUCAGCUGCUCCCAGUGCCGGACAGACUUCACCUCCCGAUGGAGGCAGGACAAGGGUGGCACCAUCAUGUGCGAGCAGUGCAUGUCCUCCAAUCAGAAGAAGGCCCUGAAGGCGGAGCACACCACUCGGCUGAAGGCGGCGUUCGUCAAGGCCCUGCAGCAGGAGCAGGAGAUCGAGCAGCGCAUCAUGCAGCAGGCCGCCUCGCCCAUCUCCUCCAAGCCCUCCUCCUCCUCUUCAUCCUCCUCGGCCUCUUCGUUGUCGUCUUCGGUGGUGAAGGCGGAGCAUCAUAUGCUGGUGUCUCCGCAGUACAAGCAUGCUCGCGCCUCCUCUCUCUCUCACCAGGCCCAGGCCAACCGCAGCACGCCAGUCAGCCGCCACCACUCCACCAUCAAGCAGAGUCCAGGCCAGCUGUCCCGUUCGGCCCAGUCUGUGGGGGGGCGGGCGGUGAGCCACACCUUCUCCACUGCCAUGCAGCUGCAGAAUGCCGUGAACGCCGCUGCUCUGGUCAGCAGGCCAGGUAAGCAUCCCAUGCGCCCAGGGGCAAAGGUCAGCAGCAGCAGCAGCAGCAGCCGCAGCAGCAGUAGCCCCGCCGCCACAGCCUGGAAGAAGCAGAACGCCCUCAGCGCAGCCGUCACCAUGGCCUACGUGAACCCCAGCCUGACGGGGCACAAGAGCACCUCUGCUGUGGAGCGUCAGCGCGAGUAUCUGCUGGACAUGAUCCCGUCUCGCUCCCUCUCUCAGACAGCCAACACAUGGAAAUAACACCACGGCCCCCCCCCCCUCCUCCUUUAUUGGACAAGAGAAUAAUAGUAGCUAUAAUUGUAAUGAUUUAUCAACAUAAGAGUGGACAUUUGCUGGAUUACCAGCUAUUGACCUAUUAUAAUAAACAAAAAAAAAGCUCUUCCCACACCCGAUCUUUUAUUAUUUCCUCUGAGCUAGUGGUACUUGUGAGGUAAACAUACCUUGUCUGUGUGUGUUGGGGUUGGAUAAGUAGCCUCUGAGGUGAAGACAAAAAAGGAGGAGAUGAAACAUGGACCUCUUGGGCACCCAUAGGCAGUAACCCAUCUGCACUAUGCGCAGGCAGCUCAGGGCAGCUGCAACAGGUGACUCAGUCACGCCAAAGAUGGACCCACACAGGCCCGACUACUAGCUUCUGCCACUCUGCUGCUUCCUGUUCUCCACUGGACGAGACGACAGAAGCGUACCCACAACACAAGGGAGUGUCUUUGGGCGUAGUUGGACCAUCCACCUAAUCGUACUAGACUUUUUGCUUUAGCUUUGCUAAACUAAAUGCUCAAGAGACUUCUACUUCUAAAUGUAUAAAGACACAGUCUGCCUCUGAGCUGGGUCACCAACCAGCGGAUCUGUCGGAUCAGGUUUGUGUCAUUUUGUAUUGCUGAUUUUUCUUUUUUUUCUGCAGUUUACUGUAAGCAGAGACCCCUAUCUCCAUUCUAAUGAAACUGGACUAUCAUUAAGGUCAAAGUUGUAAGGUCUGGUUGUACAGUUUAGGUGGUUUUACAUCUGAUUGUUAAGUGUUUAUUUUUUAAACACCGUUUUGAAAAAGAUAAAGAGGUAAGGAAGGUAGUUAGCAGUCAUGGAGCACUUCUUGCAGAAGUGAUGUGGUAGUUGGUAUAACCCUCCCUGAUGAAACAGUGGAGCUCCAGUACCUUCAGUUCAUUUGAGAAUGUUGAUCACGGUAGCCUGUUUCACCCAUGAGAAGGGCCAGGGCGUCCUCCUCACAUAUUAUACUUUAGUCCUAGGGUGUGGUGUUUCUUUCCCUUUAGGUAAGUGCUGUAUGUGGGAAUAUUAUUAAAAGGUCACUUUAGAUGAAGGAUAUUCCAAUGCCUUUUUGUUUUUGUUUUUAAAUCUCCAGUUCCUUUAUUUAGGUAUUCUCACUAUUCCCAAUGGCGCUUUUAUGCUCAUGAAAUAAUCCGUACUCUAUUGAUGCUCCGUUAGCAGUGGGGUGGUGGAGUAGAAGAUACUGUGAUCGCAGAAGUUUGUAUUCUCCUGGUGGAGAAGGCCAGGCAUGGGGGGGGGGGGGGGGGGGGGGUUUCCCUUUACGUUUUACUGGUGUAGUGCGCAGCUGUAGGUAAUGCGACCUAUUAAAGCUAAACCCCACACAGAUUGAUCAAUCUUAUGUCUAAACAAAAUUGAAAUGUUAAUCCUAAAUCUAUUAGUCAUUUUAGUGCUUCCAACUGGUCAUAGCCAUAUUGGCUUCACAGCAGUGGGCGCCUCAAACACAUUUUUGUCCCCCAUGACUACUAGGUUUGUAGUACUUCUGAACUCCGCAUCAUCUACAUUUAACUUACCUGGCAUAUUUUAACAGUGUUUUUGGCGAUUCCAGCCUCUUCACCCAUCCUCAUCCAAUUUAUUUCCAUAGUUUUAAGUCAUAAAUUGAGUCAUUAAUUUCCGUGUUGAAAGUCUUCUGCUCAGAAACGUCUGGACGUCUGUGGAGAAUCAGUGUCCAUCUUUGGGCUCCUAGUUCUGUAGCUGCUCGUCUGUCCGCAGCAUUGCCCUCUCUGAGUGAAAAAACUAACACCAUUCCGUCUUUAGGGAUGCUGGCAACCUGUGAGCCUUGCAUACCCACCAUGAAUUGUACAAGAAGUGUAACUUUUGUUGUUUUUUUUUCUGCUCAAUUGUUAAUGAAAAUAAACUAAUUUUAACCCCUUUUACAUUUUUGUGUGAAUAUUUAGGAUUUAAUGGGUUUUCAGGCCUCUGCUGUAAUAAAAAUAAAUUAUAAAAUUUGGAA